AGGCAAUCGUACCCUCCGCCAUGCUCGCCCGCCCCCCAAUCCUGCGGUCCUUCGUCCUGCCUGAAAACACCAGCAGCGUGUGCAUUCGCUGUCUGCGCCGCCUGUCCAGAUCGCCCGCCGCCGUCCGACCCUUCUCAAUCCGCUCGCAGCGCGGUGCUGUUGCCGCAGCCGCCGGGCGAAGCACUUUCACCAGGGACUAUUUCUGGGCCAAUGGCACUUUGAAGGAGACGUUUGGACGGACAACGCGUGGCCUGCGCAAUGGCUCCCCGCAGUCGAAGGAGGCUAUCGCCGCAGCAGCAGCAGAGCUCCCCCGAGCAGCGCCCUCCGCUAAAGAAACCUCACAAGAAGUACCCCAGGAGCUUCCCCACCGACGACGAAAACGACUACGGGAGGAAAGUCUCCGCAAGGACCCCCCUGAGCCCGAAUCUGCAGAGGCCAGCUACCCCAUUGCCCCAGAUGCGUCCUCCCGCCUCACCACCGUAUCGUCGAACCUGCCCGCCAACUCCAUCCGGCGACUGCUCACGACCUAUUUCUCCCUGGCCAAACCGCGCCUCAGUUUCCUAAUUGUCCUCACAACUACAGCUCCUUACUCGUUAUACCCAGUGCCUGCACUCCUUGCUCCAGCCGCCACAGCCGCGCCCUCUCUCUCGACCCUCACUCUUCUUUUCCUCACCACGGGAACCGCCCUCUGCUGUUCCUCAGCCAACGCCCUCAACAUGCUCUUCGAACCCAAAUACGAUGCCAUGAUGACCCGUACCCGGAACAGGCCAUUGGUGCGCAAGCUCAUCAGUCCAACGGGCGCCCUGCUCUUCGCCAUUGGAUGUGGUACAGUUGGCGUUGCUGCCCUCUACUACGGCGUCAACCCCACCACGGCCUUCCUCGGCGGUCUGAACAUCUUCCUAUACGCUGGUGUGUACACCCCUCUGAAGCGGGUCUCGGUGAUAAACACUUGGGUCGGAGCGGUGGUCGGUGGCAUACCACCGCUGAUGGGCUGGACUGCUGCCGCCGGGCAAUGUGCUCAAAAUGGGACCUGGCAGGAACUCCUUUUCGGAGAAGGCAGUGCAGGAGGAUGGCUGCUAGCAGCGCUCCUCUUUGCCUGGCAAUUCCCCCACUUCAAUGCCCUCAGCUGGGCCAUCCGUGACGAGUACAAGUUCGCCGGGUACCGGAUGCUCUGCUGGGUCAAUCCUGCGCAAAAUGGCCGUGUCGCGUUACGCUACGCGAUUCUGAUGUUCCCGGUCUGCUUUGGACUCACCUACGUGGGCGUCACAGAUUGGGGGUUUGUAGCGACGAGCAGUGUGAUCAAUGGCUGGAUGGUGUAUAAAGCGGUGCAAUUUUGGCGGGAGAAGGGACAUAAGGGCACAGCGAGGGGCUUGUUCUGGGCCAGUGUAUGGCAUCUUCCAAUCGUCAUGGUUUUAGCCAUGGCUGAGAAGAAAGGGCUAUGGGAGAGGAUUUGGCGAGGGCUUUUUGGACAGCCCGAAUCAGACCUACUCCUUUAUGGCGAGGAUGAAGAUUUGGAUGAAGAAGAGCCCGGGGUGGACGCAUCUGUGGUUGAUCGGGGGAGGUUAACAUGAUGUACCCUGGCUUGUAAGUUCUAUUGUACUAUUAUUGAUGUGGGCUCAUAUAGGGAGGCGCAUUGCACCGGUUCUAUAGCAAACCAUUGGACUCAACAGGUUCACUGUACAUAUAUAUUGUGUUGAUGGUUUCAUCACUAUAUACGUGCAGUCUAUUUCUUCCUUUGUACAACAUCUCUCAUUCCGUUCUCUGCGCCUACGCUGUCUCCACGCCGGACCACCUUCGCAGCAUAUACUGAAUCUAUCCUAGCAUGCGGGGCGUUAAGGAGGUGGCACUCUUGGUUUAUUGUGUAUGCCACUGCUUGGGGUGUUUCAAUGGAUUUUCAGAUAAUCAAUCGUGAUGGAAGGUCUUCACCCUGGGCUGUUUGAAAAGUCGUUGAAGCCCUCUAAGCACUGGUAGACAGGUGAACGCACAAGAGCACCUUUAGCGAUGCGAAAAUCUCAAGUAAGAUUGAUAGAUACAGUUCUAGUUAACGUAGGUAGCAAGC